AUCGGGAGAAAAAACUCGUACUUAGACAAUAAUAACUCCUCCUAAUUGAUUUUUUUUUUUUUCUUUUCUUUGAAACAGAAUUGAAUCCUUCUUUGCCAAGAAAACGCAUCACAACGCAGUACUAACACAAUCACAACUCAUCAGAUUUUCUAAAUAAGCCCUCUCUCUUUCCCUCUGCAAUACCCUUAUAUAUAUAUACAUAUCAUAAAUUUCGGCUUAACAAAAUUAACCAUCAAAACCUCCAGAAGAUUUGGUACGUUACGAUGAACAAGAACGAUGAAACUAUAGUGCCGAUUCUAAAUCUAGAGGAUGACUGUCUCACGGUAGUAUCAGCUCUCGGCCGGGGAGCGAAAGGCGUGGUGUUUCUUGUUAAAGAAAAGACUAACGGAGAGCUAUGGGCAUUGAAAGUGAUAUUGAGGGAUGUGGUAGAGAAAAAGAACAGAGAAUUGUCGUGCACUGGAAAUGAAUACAAAAGAGUUUGGUUUGAGAAACAAGUGUUGAGCCAUUUUAAUCAUCCUCUGUUGCCUAAAUUGCGUGGUGUUUUGGUUACCGAUAAAAUUAUUGGUUACGCCAUUGAUUUUUGUCCUGGUCGUGAUCUUAAUCAUUUGAGGAAACAACAAAGCGAGAGAAUGUUUUCUGUCGAUAUUAUCAGGUUUUAUGCUGCUGAAUUGGUUCUAGCAUUGGAAUAUCUUCAUAAUCAAGGAAUAGCUUACAGAGAUUUGAAGCCUGAAAACAUUUUAAUUCAAGAAAACGGCCAUAUAAUGCUAGUGGAUUUCGAUCUCUCCACCAAGAUUUCACCACCAAAAUGGAGUCCAAAUUCAAAUUCUCCCGUUUCAACUCAACGCAAAUAUUCAUCUCGCAGAAAACGUUUCUCUCGAUUCCACCGCUGCUGCAACUCCGGUAUCUCGCCGGAUGACUCAUCAGAAAACGGUAUCACCGCUGUACACCAAAAAGAACCAGACGCCACGGAGAAAUCCAACUCAUUCGUCGGAACGGAAGAGUACGUGGCGCCGGAAAUAAUCCAAGGCUACGGCCACGAGUUCGCGGUUGAUUGGUGGUCACUAGGGGUCGUUUUAUACGAGAUGUUGUAUGGAAGGACACCGUUUAAAGGGUCGAAUAGAAAAGAAACGUUUUUCAGGAUAUUAACGAGAUCUCCUGAUCUUGUAGGGGAAACGACGCCGUUGAGGGACUUGAUAGGGAAGUUGUUAGUGAAAGAUCCAAGAGAAAGGAUUAAAGUUGAAGGAAUUAAAGGGCAUGAAUUUUUCAAGGGAAUAGACUGGAAAUUGAUACUGGAAAUGUCCCGGCCACCGUAUAUUCCGCUGGCGAAUUAUGACUGUAGGGGAAAUGAGGGUACAGAAGGAAAAAUGAAAAUUGAUGUGGAGUCAUUUGUCCAAAGAAUAUUUGGGGGUGAAAUUGAAAAGCAAAAGGUUGGUGAUAGGAAUAACAAUGGCGAUGGUAAUCAUGAUCAGGAAGUUAAGAAGAUUGGAGAUAAAGGGGAAUGGGGUAAAGGACUCAAUAAUCAUUUUCAAGAAACCCACAAUUUUCUUGUUUUUUAAUUUUAUUUUCUAGUUAGAUUAUAUGAUAGAGUUAUUUUAGAUUUUUUGUUAAUUUAAUAUGUAUAGAUUUAGAAGAAAUGCAUAAUUUUGAUAUGCUUAAUUAAUUUAUCACAGGCUUUCAGUCUAAUAAUAUUCCACAUGAUUUUUGUUUUUAA